UGACUCUGUUUUUGGUGAAAUGUUUUAUUUUUGUAUUAUUUUUGUCUGUUUCUAUAUCUAUCUAUACAUACAUACACACCUACCCAACUCAUGCCAUGCAUAAAUAUACACGAUACAGACACAUUUUGGUGAUGUGAUUUAUUUUUGUAUAAUUUGUCUAAUCUUCAGAAAAUUAGGACUGUCGAGCUCGAUGGGAAGACAAUCAAGCUGCAGAUUGGCAUGGAAAUGGAUGGUAAGUCAUCUGAAGGUAAGGAAAAGGGACCCAAGAAGAGAUCAAAAGGAAGUUUAGGCAGCUUGAAUAUGCUUAUGGGCAAGGAUAACAGUGAGCCGGUGGUGAUAGUGCAAGUGAAGGUUCCCGUGAAGGAAGUGCAUAUAUGGAAGUUUUCAACUUCAGUAAAAGAUGAGUGCAUAUAUGACUUUGACACACAACAGAAGGCAAGCGGUGGGAAAGAUUCUUUGGAAGCUGAGGCGUCUAAGAAUGGGAGUUCCAUCCGUGGUCCUCAGAAUGGUGUGGCUCGCAGUCCAUCACAAACAAUGUUGAAUCAAACAAUGCCUGUCAUGUCAAUGGCAACACUUGUGCAAGUUGCGUGCUUGUAUGGUUAAGCCUCCGUACGGAAUAAUUUACUGGCACUCUCAUGCGGAAAACUUCAUUCUUGUUUUGCUUUUCUAUAUAUGUUACUUGACUAUCAUAAGAUAACUAUAUGUACAAUUCUAGAGUUUGGGAUUUUAUGUUUGCCAGCAACAACUAGCAGUUUUGUAUCAUCUCAAGAUGUUGG